CACAGUCACAGGUUAGAAUAAACUCUACCUCCCUAAUCUACAAUUCAACAGACUAGGAAUAAACAUCUCAUCUGGUUCACUUGGUCUGAACUCUGCAAACGACCGACCGUAAACGAGUGUCUACAAUGAAUCAGGAAACACUCUCCCUCCAACCCUCCUCCCCCCUACCCCUCCCGGAGUCCCCGGGUCAUACCUCUCCUGGUAACACCUUACUGCUGGGUCUGAAGAGGCUGUCUGUGCGGCUGGUCGACUACAGGAAAACGCCGGAGCUAAGGGACAGUCCUAACCGUCACUCUCUCAGUAGAAGGGGCUUGUCAUCUGGGCAGGCAAAACAUCAUGAAGCUGACGAGGCAGAGAAAAGUGUCUCAAGAUCAGAACACCUCAAGAAACAACAGCUGAGACCCACGAGGAAGAAACCUCACUGCUGCUCUGACUGUGGGAAGAGUUACACCUCUAAAGUAAACCUUAGAGGACACCAGAGAAUUCAUACUGGAGAGAAACCUCACUGCUGCUCCCAGUGUGGAGCUAGCCUCUCCUCUGCCAGUGCACUGGAAGGACACAUGCGGAUUCACACUGGAGAAAAACCAUACCAGUGCUCAGAAUGUGGGCAGAGAUUUAAAGACUCCAGUGGUUUACGGAUACAUGAGAGAAUAAAACACACCGGCGAAAAACCACACUGUUGCUCUGACUGCGGGAAGAGAUUUGCUACAUCACAAAGCUUAAAAGCUCACUGGCGGAUUCACACUGGAGAGAGACCGUUCCACUGCUCUGAGUGUGGGAAGAGUUUCACAGAAGCCUCGGCACUGUCUGAACACAAACUAAUACACACAGGAGAGAAGCCUCACCACUGUGAGCAGUGCGGUGGAAGCUAUUCCUCUGCUAAAUUACUCCGAAUACAUCAGAGGAUUCACACAGGGGAGAAACCUUACCAAUGCACUGACUGUGGGAAAAGCUACAGAUUUUUGUCUUCCUUAAAAUGCCACCAGGUAAGACAUACUGGAGAGAAGCCCCACCAAUGUACUGAGUGUGGGAAGAGGUUUGCUGUUAAGACUGGACUCUUGCAACAUAAGAAAGUGCACACUGGAGAGAAAGGCUACCAAUGCCCACAGUGUGGCAAGAAGCUAGGAUCAUCUAAUUCUCUAGAGCAGCAUAAGCGAACACACACUGGACAGAAACCCUUCCACUGCUCCCACUGUAAGUUGAGCUUUGCCACUAGUUCAGGCCUGUACAAACACCAGAGAGUUCACACAGGCGAGAAGCCACACAGCUGCAAUGUUUGCCAGAGGAGUUUUGGACGGUCGGAUCACCUGAAAAAUCAUAUGCAAAUUCACACGGGAGAAAAGCCAUACCACUGCUCUAAGUGCGAGCUGAGUUUCGCUAACAACAGAUCUCUGAAAGAACAUGAGGUCAGACACACAGAAGAUAAACCUCACUGCUGCUCCCAGUGCGGUGCUAGUCUCUCCUCUGCCAGGGCCCUGGAAGGUCACAUGCGGAUUCACACUGGAGAGAAACCGUACGAGUGCUCUGAAUGUGGGCAGAAGUUUGCACAUAGAACCAGUCUUGGGACACACCGAAGAAUACACACAGGAGAGAAACCCUAUCAGUGCUCUGACUGCAAGAAGAGCUUUUCAAGACGUGAUUCUUUAAAUAGUCACAAGUUCACACAUUCAGAGAAGAUGUACCAUUGCUCUCAGUGUGAGUCGAGGUGCACAACGCCAGGUGCAUUGAAGAAACACCAGCUUAUUCACACUGGAGAGAAGCCUUACCACUGCUCCCACUGUGACAAGAGCUUCCUUUGGCAACAGUCUCUCAAAGGACACGAGCGUCUUCACAAGGGAGAGAAACCAUACUCUUGCUCAGACUGCGGGAACAACUUUGCCACAACGGCAACCUUGCGAAUUCACCAGCGAAGACACACAGGAGAGAGGCCAUACCAAUGUCCUUUCCCUGACUGUGGGAAGAGUUUUGCCCACGCCUUUGCUUUUAAAGUCCACAAGAGAAGGCACACAGGAGAGAAGCCGCACCACUGUGAUCAGUGUGGGAUGAGUUUUGUCACGUCGGGUGACUUUCAAUCUCACCAGCAAACUCACUCCAAAUAGAAGCCUUACUGCUGCACAGUGUGGACUUAGUUUUUCAAGAUCUGAUUCCUUAAAGAUUCACCAGAGAGUCCACACAGGAGGGAGGCCGUACAGCUGCUAAGAGUGUGACAGGAGUUACACCUUGAAGGGUCACCUUACUAGACACCAGCUGACACACAGAGAAACUUCACCACUGCUCUGACUGUGGGAAGAGUUUUAUUCUCUCAGGCAACCUAAAAAAAAACACACACAUGAGAGAAGCCUUACCACUGUUUUUAUUGUAAGAAGAGUUUUACCACUAAGGGUCAACUGACUGGACACCAGCAAAGACACAAAGGAGAGAAAUCUCACUACUGCUUCAAGUGUUCACUGGACUUGAGAUUCCACGUUCAGCGCAAACACAGCGGGACACCCUACCACUACCUAUGAUGAAAAUUACAGGCCUCUCUCAUCUUUAAGUGGGAGAACUUGCACAACUGGUGGCUGACUAAAUACUUUUUUUGCCCCACUGUAUGUUCUUUUUAAAUAUCUGUGUGAGGAGAGAGAGAGGAGUGAGAGGAGCCUAAAAUCCAAUAGAUAAGAUGUGGUUAGAUGUAGCCCAGAUGAGGUGAACCUGGGGGAGUAGAACAACUCCCCCAGUGCAGAUGACCACAGGAUAAACCCAAAGUGGCUUAUGGUGACCCAAUCUGCAGGGGAGGGGUGGAAAAAGCAUUGCCUGUAAAGUUUUGGCUGCUCUGCCCAACAGUCAAGAGUGUUGGGCUUGACUAGUCUUUCAUUAUUGCAAUAAUUAAUCAAUA